AUGUUUUCUUGCUCUCUCCUGAAGGUCCCAUGGAAGCAGUUUGUCCGUGCCCGGUAUCAAGACCUCCGUCACUUCCAUGAGCAUGUGGGUAAUAUGAUUGACUGCAUGCCGACCGAAGAAGGCAGAGUCAUUGACCUCCAACCGCUCUUCUUCAACCUGACCAUGGACGUAGCUACCGAGCUGCUUUUUGGCAAGCGGCCGAAAACCGGGGAGUUUGCCGAGAGUUUCAAUGUUGCUCAAGAGGGCCUGGCCAAACGUUUCCGCUUAGCCCCCUUCCAUGCCGCUUAUAACCCGGCGUCAUUCCGCCAGGCAUGCCAGAAUGUCCACCGCUUCGUCGAGAGGUACAUUCGGGAGCAAGGUUUUAUGGAUCGGGCUGAAUUAGAAAAGACGGAGAAGGCAAAUGAGGAUGAAUCCGCCUCCUGGUUUAUCAAGCAGCUGGCAGCGGAGUCUACUAGUAACAUUGAUCUCCGCGAUCAGCUGCUUAACGUCUUACUCGCCGGGAGAGAUACCACGGCUUGCUGUUUGUUGUGGACUUUCCGGUUGUUGGUACGCCACCCACAAGUGCUCGAGCGGCUACGUGGUGAAGUCCAGGGCGUUAUGGGCGACCUGACAAACCCUACGCGUGCCCAGAUUAGGGACAUGCCCUUCCUGGCGUGUGUGGUGAAGGAGAGCUUGCGUUUGUAUCCACCGGUGCCACUAAACAACCGCGAGGCCGUUAAGACGACGUUGUUACCAACCGGUGGUGGCCCAGAUGGAAACAAGCCAAUUCUUGUCCGAAAAGGAGAGCUUGUUGUGUUCUCGCAAUAUGUCAACUCACGGCGGAAAAAUCUCUUUGGGCUGGAUGCUGACGACUUCCGGCCUGAGCGUUGGGAAACGGGUGAGCUGCGCGGCAUUGGAUGGGGAUUCUUCCCUUUCAUCGGUGGGCCACGGCAAUGCCUGGGUGAAGAUUUUGCGCUGAUGGAAGUGUCAUACACCAUCGUCCGGCUUCUCCAGACAUACUCUUCGAUCGAAAUGCCUAAGGGGGAGGUCAUCGAGCCUGUGGAUACUGAGAAACAGAAGCUGACACUCGUCCUUUCCAGCGCGGAUGGCUGCCGCGUGGCGGUCACAAAGCAUGCCUCAUCUGGAAAAUAA